AUGCGAAUCAGGAAGCAGAGCGAUGAUGUGGGAUCACGCCAUCGGAGGUCAUCAGGAGUGAUGUCGUUGUGUCGCCCCCUGCUGCUGACAUGGAUGCUGCUCAUCGCCAGAGUCCGAGGACAGAGCUGGAGACCCUGCACAGGUACGAGGAUCUCCAUCAGAGUCACCGUCCUCAGACAGAGUUAGAGGCUUUUAUUCUGAAGGGACAGGUUCUCUGAUAGAAUCUGCAGUUCCCCAAGUGUCCACUAGAGGCAGUCUGCAGAGGAAACCACAUACACACUCCUGGUCUCAGUCUCUGGUUCAGUCUCUCAAUCAGGGUCCUGUUGAGACUCAGGUGGACCAGGAAGUGGUGGAGGAUCAGGGCGUGGUGAACGACUGGAUCUUUAGACUAUAGAGGCGUGUUUCCGUCCGUCUGAGUGUCUUUGUUCCUCCGUGUUUUUCAUGUCUUUGAAAUGUGAGAUCUGUUUCUGUACAUGUCGUCCCCUCCCUCCAUUCAUCCUCCAUUCAUCCUUCAUUCAUCCUCCAUUCAUCCCCCAUUCAUCCUCCAUUCAUCCUCCAUUCAUCUUCCAUUGAUCCUGCUGCAGGAACCAAAGACCGUCUUAAAGGGGACUUCCAGUAAAACUGUUAAAGACUAAAACUCCGGUCUCUCUUCACUUCGUCUUGAUCUGGAUGUUGGAGACUUUCAUUGUUUGAGUUUAGCUGCUGCUGACUUCAGUCCGACCAUGUGGUCACAUGACCUCAAACACACACAAACACGUGGAAUCUAUCGGCUCUAAAGAUAAUGAUGAUCCGGGCUUAGAGGAAGACGUCCUGUUAGAAAGACGUUUGAAUAUGCAAACAUCUGUUGUGUAACAGCCACACUCUUCAUUUCUAUGAAAAUCACUUUUGAAUCUGAGCGAUAACUCCUCGCCGUUUCUCUGGAGGUCAUCGUAACAUUUCUGUUAUCGUGUUUCAGGUCAUUAAAGACACUUUAAAUAUCUCUGAACUGAAUCAGUGACCGACAACAUUUACAUCCUGAUACUUCAAUCAAACAAAACCACGAACUCACCUCAGCGCCGACACGACUUUAGUUCCCCAGAGGAUAAAAAACAUUCAUCGAAAUAAAGAGACGAGUAUUUUUAGGUUCAGAAACAGGAAAGACUCGUUCACUUCACUUUAGUGAUGGAAGAUCGGCUCUUUUGACUGAAUCUUUAGAAUCCUUUCAUUAAAACGAUUCGUUCAAAAGAUUCGUUCACUGAAUCAGUCAGUGCUUCUGUACUACUGUGUUCAUGCAGCAUCUAUGAUUUCCAGUUCUUUGUUGAAAGGAUAACUGGACUUUGUUGAGACGUUUCCCCUUAGGUGAAAACGAGUGCUAAAUUUAGAUCCCUCAGACCUCAGGACAGUUCACUUUAGUGAUGGAAGAUCAGUUCUUUUGACUAAAUCUUUAGAAUCUGUUCAUGAAACGAUUCGUUCGCUCUAAGUAAAUCAUGAGACUCCGGCCCCUCACUUACUGAUUGCCUGUGUGUCAUUCGCCAAAGAGUCAAAGGCGGCAGUUCCACUCCCACUCAACUGAACUCAGAAAUGAACGAAUCAGGUCUCUGAGUGAUUCCGUUCAUGCCGUUCACUCAGCAGUUCUUUUGAACGAAUCGUUCAUGAACGACACUUCUUGGUUCGGUGUCGGACUAAAACAAACGAAGCGGAGGUUUUUAUCGGUUGGUUCGCUAACACGUGACGACCUUAAACUAAAACAGACUUGGUGAUGAACCUCGUCUAACAUGUUCUUAUCAAACAUCGCUUUAAUCCGAUAUUCACCGAGUUUCUGUUCUCACCUCAGACCUACUUCCUCUCGACCUGCUGACCAGAGUCCUGCCACGUCCAGGACAAGCCCCGCCCACACAGGUAAGCCGCCUGAUGUCGUGUUGUGGACACACAGACAAAGUGACCCCCCAAUGAAAGACUGAACAGCUGAUCUGUGACCUUCAGCUGCAGAUGGUUCAGUCCAGAGGGUCCAGAGGUCUCCGGCUGGGCGGCGUUGAGACGACGGCGCUGAGUUUCCCCGCCUCCCAAAUCUUCACCAACUGUGACUACUUCCCGUCAGAGUUCUCAUUGGUCGCCACCGUCAAGAUCCCGAGACUGAGACAGAAGGUAAACCAGCAGAACUGGAAGGAACCAGUCCUGGUCCAGUCCAGUCCAGUACGGUCUAAGUUUGUUCAUGAGUGUACGCCGAGAUUUAAGGCGGGGAGAGCAGCAGCGAAGACCCUGGAAGGAGGAUCAGGGUGGAGGAGGGACGGGGAGUGGUUUACAGAGGAAACAGGAAGUCAGCAGGACAAUGACUGUUGACAGGAUCAGCUGAUGUACUGUGGGCGGGGCUUGACUUUGCAGCCUGCCUGAACUAACACUGCGCUCAAUCAUUCCUCCUUCUGUCUGCUUCCAGAGGAACGAGUACAUCUUCUCCUUGGUGGACCAGGACUCGGACUCUCUGGUGCUGGGCUUACGUGUCUCAGAGAACAGCCUGCACUUCCUGGUCACACCCCCAGGUGUUGGUGGGCGGAGCCGGAUGACCUUUAAAGAUGUGGGGCUGGAUGAUAACCGCUGGCACACGCUCGUGGUGGCCGUCACCGGACCGUACGCCACGCUGACCAUCGACUGUGGACUGUCCCUGGAGCUGUGAGUCCCUUAAGUCCAGAUCCGUUUAGUCCUGUUUGGACCGGUCCAGACUGAACUCGGUCUUGUUCGGUUACUUUGAACCUUCAGUUCCUGUUAAUUUUAGCCUCUUUGUCCCCAAAACUGACGAGCAGAUAAAUGUUCAUAAAAUCAUCAUUUUUAACUUUUUUUUACUUGUUUUGACUCAAAUCUCUGAAACUGUUUUUUUGGUUCUGAGGUCUCAGAGAAAAGACGUCCCACUGUCACAUUAAACUGGUUUUUCUUCUUCCCAGUAAACAGGUCCGGGCCUUCCCCAGCGCCCUCAACACCAGAGGGUCCAGGUUCUUCAUCGGCAGCAGGAGGAGGAUGAGGGGCCGGUUCUCUGUGAGUCUGGGGUCAGAUUCAGGACUUGACAGCGGGCCAAUCAGAUGAGAGUAUUUCAUGAAGUCCUCUGCUGGUUCUGUCCGUGUUCAGGGUUUACUGCGGCAGCUGGUUCUACUUCCUGGUUCAGAUGCUAAACCCAGACUCUGUCCAUCAGCUGAGUCCAGUCUGGCAGAACUGUCCGUCCCCCAGGUCCUCAAAUCCAUCCCAGUCCAGCCGGACCACCAUGGACCAGUUUUCCCCUACGGUGAGGAGAGUCCUUUAAAGUCAGCUCUGGUUCCUGAUCAUCCCAGAGACCCGAGACCGGAUCAGAAGACCAGACUUGAAGCUUUGCCGGUCUCAGUGGUUCUGGUUGGAUGAGCGGGUUCACAUCAGGGCGGUCCGACCCCCCUGACCCGUCAGUCUGUGCGGGUCUGAGCUGUGUUGGUAUCAGAGACUCUGUAACCUGAGUGUGUGUGUGUGUGUGUGUGUGUGUGUGUGUGUGUGUGUGUGUGUGAUUGACAGCAGGUGAAUCACAGGUGUUCACACUCUCAGCCCUUUAUAAACAUCUACACACAGGUGUGUUGUUGUUGUUGUGUGUUUUCACUGCAGCGGGACUUCAGACUCUGAUGAUAGAGUGUCUCCUAUCCCGUCUAAGCGUCUUUAUUUAUUAUUUUUAUUUUUUGUUUUUAUUUUCUUUGUUUUUUUAUUUUUUUUGUUUGUUUAUUAAUUAUUUAUUUUCUUCAUUUUCUUUGAUUUUUUUGUUCUUUUUUUCUAUUUUCUUUUUUAUUUUCUUUGAUUUUAUUUUUUUUGUUUAUUUUCUUUGUUUUUUUUUUUUGUUUUUUUUCUUGUUUUUAUUUUUUUGUUUAUUUUCUUGUUUUUAUUUUUUUGUUUAUUUUCUUUGUUUUUAUUUUCUUUAUUUCCUUUGUUUUUCUCGUCUCCGUUUCGUCCCCUCUGACCUGAUGGGUGCACCUGUAUUGGACUGAUCAUAAUUAUUGAAUGGUUAUUGAUUGUUCUGGGAGAAAACCACCUCUGUUCAUGAAUUUAAAACUUUAUUUUCUGAAGUUUUAAAAAGUAGACCCUUUAUUUCUCGCCCAGAAGUGUCAGCUGUAGAUUUGUCUGAGUUGUUUUUCUCCGGUUCCUCCGUCUGCCAUGAUGAGUCUGUAAAUGACUGAUGAUCGUUUCAUUAAAGCAGAUUUCAUCAGAGCGAACAGACGGACGGUCUCUUCAGUCAGACGCUGUGAUAGAUCAGCCUGAGGCUCUCAGAGUUAAUAAAGUCAAUCAGACUGAUAAAUAUCUGACUCUGGAUGACUCAGAGCUUCGACUCCUGAACCGGUCCAACAGUCUGAGGUCUGUUUGAAGUCGAGACCUGCAGCCGCAGACCUGACUCUUAGUAAUCACCUCCUGAACUGAAGGAGGUUUCUCUCAGUCUGGACCGGGUUCUUCUGUCUGCAGGAAUAAAAUCCAAACUUCAGUUCUGAUCUAAAGUCCAAAAGUCUUCUGUUUUUGGAGUUCAGGAUUCAGCUUCUGAGUUUGUGGCCAAAUGAUGCUUUCUGUUGACAUCCCCAAAGCAUCAUGGGAAGUGUAGUUCCAGCCCCAGUGCAGGUUGAUCAGAGAACAAUGGUGGGGUUUCCCUGCAGCAGAGCCGGUCUCUGAGGUGAACCAGGUUCUGUGGUGUCCUGGGGCAGAUGUGGACUGAAGUCUUGAGCGGUGGGAGUCGUCUGUCUGCUCUUAAUGAAGACUUGUGGUUUCGAGAGUGACGAAGGCCCUCAUUAGCCUCAGUUCAGCUCCAUCCGUCAACCACACGCUCAGAUCCGGUUUCUGUUAAAUUCUGACGGCUGAUUCCAGUUCCCGCUCCGUCACUGUGGGCUGGUUCCUGCAGAAGAGGGACUUUCCAUCCCAGCAGAUACACCUUCACCUCCCCGUGACCUCCACUGAUGAGUCCUGUCUGUUCUCGCUGCUCUCUAAUCUGACAGAUGAAGCGUCUCACCACCUCACUGAUGGUGAACCCGGGUCCCUGACAGUUCCAGGCUUUAAAGGGAUAUUCUGACGGGAAACUGAUUUAAGGUCAAACACACCGAGUUAGGACUACACCGGGAUGCCUCAGCUCAAGGAAGAACAUUUAUGAUCAUUUCUUCAUCAUUUCCUUGAAGUAAUAAUCACCAUAUUAAUCAUUUUACAGACGCGGUAGUUCUUCUGUCUCAGCGUCUCGGUCUGAUUGUAUUUCCAUGAAGAAAUGAUCAUAAAUAAUCUUCCUUGAGCUGCGGCACCCCGCUGUAGUCUGUAAUCCACAACAUUCAUCUCUGGAGGGGGGGUCUAACUCGGUGUUACGGUGGGUUCGACCCUUUAUGGAGUCCCAGGUCCGGGUUGAGUCCUCAGACCCAGACUUCCUGAGGACCUGUUUUCAUGUUUCGCUCUGGUGUUUCAGAGGCCGAGGCCAGGGUGACUCUGGGAAAUCCUCCUCGGUGUUCAGAACCAGAACAAGGUCAGCUGUGGUUCAACGCUCAGAGGAGAGACCUGUUCAUCUGUGACGGACUCACCUGGAGGGCACUGCUGCAGAGUAAGUCCUCCACCUGGGAGAACUCCACAUGUUUGACUCUGUCUGCUCUCUUUUCUCUCUCUGGUCUGAACCGGACUGGAUCGUAGAACUUUGUGUUUCUGUUGUUUGGACCAGAACUCCUUUGGUCCUCAUUUAUCAACCGUGCGUUCGAACAUUUCUAUGCAAAGUCUAGAAUUUAUCAACCUGUACUUGUGUCUUGACUCGCCCCUGUUCCCGUCUCAUGACUCUGCAGAUAAGGAGCGUCUGGAUUACGUGGAGGACUACCAGGACCUGUACACCAACUCAGAGACCUUUGACGUGGAGGUCUUCUCCAUCCCGUCUGAAGGACUCUUCAUGGCUGCAGCCAACAGGUACAGAAACAUCUGAGCAGAGACAAGAACUGGUCUGUGGACAGGAAAGUAGUGACCCUCUCGCUCUGAUCCUGCAGAGACUCUCGACCCGGGUCGGGGAUCUACAAGUGGAGGGACGGGUCGUUCCAGCUCUACCAGAACAUCAGCACCCAGGAGGCCCGAGCCUGGGAACACUUCACCGUCCAGGACCAGGUGAGAGCAGCUGAAGGUUCAUCACAGGGGUCUCUUAGACCAGGGGGCGUGUCCUCCUGAUGAUUUGACCUCAGGGUGACCUCUGAGCAUGUGACCCGCUGUUGACUCUGAACUCUUCAUCUCCUCCGGAUGAGCGGCGUGUUCGCUGACAGUCUGUGAAGGUUAGAGAAAGAGACGGGAACAAAGAGAGCUCCUCUGUUUGUACAGUCAGUGUGUGUGUGUGUGUGUGUGUGUGUGUGUGUGUGUGUGUGUGUGUGUGUGUGUGUGUGUGUGUGUGUGUGUGUGUGAGGAACACACACUCACAGGUGUUAACACAAAGCUCUGAAUGCGCUCAGAGGAGGAAACACACAGACUGAAGGAAACUCCUCUGAGACUUUAAAACUCAGACCUGUGUCACUAAAAACUGCAGUUCCUCCAGAGUCCACCAGGGGCGUGGUCCUAAAGUGAGUCAGUGCCUUUAAAUCCCCGUCACUAUAGAGUGAAAAUAAACCAGAUUACAUCAGAUUAAGGAUUAAACUCACCUGUCUAUCAUGGAUCAUUGUUUUGGUGUAUCCUGGUGAGACACUGAUAAAUUUAGAUUGUUAACUCCUCGACCUCCUAAUCUUCUUCUUCUUCUUCUUCUUCUUCUUCUUCUUCUUCUUCUUCUUCUUCCUUAAACUUAAACUCAGUUUCGUUUUUUCUCGUCAGGUUUUCCUGGUCGUGGCAAACUCGAAGGAGGCGGAGCCUGAGCUGUCAGUCAUCUAUCGCUGGAACCCUCGACGGCGGCGUUUCCUCCGUCACCAAACUCUUCAGACGUACUCGGCUCUGGACUGGGAGGCCUUUCAGAUUCACAACAACAGCUUCCUGGUGGUAGCCAAUCACAGACGAGGUAGACUGAAGGAGCCCGCCUUUCACUGUGGGUGUUAGUGGGACUCUGGUGUUAAACUGGUUUUAAACUGAGUUAUUAAACGGUGUGGACUUCCCCCUGGAUCCGUCCUCGGGCCUCCGAUCAUCACCUGAACUCACUCUUAAUGCAGACGACUGAACGAUUUUAGCGACAAAUGACCGAGUCAAGUUUAGACCGGGAUUAGAUAAACCAGGAUUAGAUAAACCAGGAUUAGAUAAAUGAAGAUUAGAUAAACCAGGAUUAGAUAAAUGAGGAUUAGUUAAACCAGGAUUAGAUAAAUAAAGAUUAGAUAAACCAGGAUUAGUUUAACCAGGAUUAGAUAAACCAGGAUUAGAUAAAUGAAGAUUAGAUAAACCAGGAUUAGAUAAACCAGGAUUAGUUAAACCAGGAUUAGAUAAAACGCCAGAGGAUCCUGGUAAACCGGACCAGCCUGUGAGUUUGUUCACGGUGGAGGAAAAACCAGUUCAGGUUCAAGGUUUGAGAGUUCAGAACCUCCUCGUCUCUGUGAAACAUCAAACACACCUCCACCUGCUCCCUGUGUGUGUGUGUGUGUGUGUGUGUGUGUGUGUGUGUGUGUGUGUGUGUGUGUGUGUGUGUGUGUGUGUGUGUGUGUGUGUGUGUGUGAAGAUAAAACACACUCAGAUCAGACCAUCUAAAAGAAAACAGAGGGAGGUUCAGAGGAGGAGAGAGGGAGCAGCUGAUGCAGGUGGACUGUGGUUAGAUCCCACACGUGGUCCUGGUUUCCUUUUCAUGUCUGAUGUUUGAACAGAUUGGACAGGAACGCAGAUCCAGGUCCAGAACUUAGACCUGAGUCUACAAAGACCCUACAAAAGUCUACAAAGACCUGCUCAGACCUAAAAUCCAGAUUUGACUCAGUCAGAGUCGAUGAUGAUGAUCCUCAUUUGCAUAAACCUCAAAGAGCUUCAGGGUUAACGGACUGAGGACUGCACCGUGUGUGCGUGCGUGUGUGUUUGGUGUGUGUAUCUCGUGUAAACCGUUGUAGUCACUAUCAGGUCUUUAUUCUGAAACUGGAUCUGCUCGUAAGCUGGACCUGAAUUGUUUCCUUUCGUUUCUUCAGAUCUCCAUCAGCUUCGCUCUUCUUCCUGAAGUUUACAUUUACACUUUACUCUCCAUCUCAAAGACACAAACAAACAAAACAAAGACAACAUCAAUAACCGACGAGACAAAAACAACACAACAAAACUACAAACAACAGACACACACAUGACUGGAUCUUAUUUCCACAGUGUCGUUAUAGUUCAGAAAUAAUCAGAGGUUCAAAUAUCAACAAACAUUCAACAUGAUUUAAUUUACAGAAACAGACUUUAGAUAUUUGAGGUAAAUCAGACAAACACUGAUUUUACAAAGUAGUUUCAUCUAAAUAAGAAUCUGUUUGACUCAUAAAUGAUCUUUAACUCCAUCUUUAAAUCUGUGUUUGUUCUUGGAUCAUAUGUCCAUAUCACCAUGGUUCUAUACGUUAUUGUACUUUUCAUUUUUCCCUUCAGGUGAAUUUACCCUCCCUAUCAUGUCUCAUUCUGUAAUCAUGUUCAUCUGAACUGAAAGAAGUACUAAGAACUCAUUUAUUAUCAGUUCUUCAUUUCACCACCACUUCAAGUUCCUGAUCUAAAGUUCAUCUAUUGUGGUUUUAACUGUAUAUUUUAACUGUCUAUAUUAACUGUAUAUAUUAAUCGUCUGCAUACGUUGAAAUUAGACUUUGACACGGAGCAGGUAGAGGACCAGGUCUGGGAUCGAAGCAGAUCAGUUUUUAUUGAUGACCCUGUUUGUUGGUCUUUGUGUCCUCAGCCAGAGACUCGGACCACAACAUCCAGAGUGUGAUCUACAGGUGGGACUCCGACUCACAGGUCUGAACUCUGCUGCCCCCUCCUGGAUUUCUUCUUCUUCUUCUGGGUUUUUCUGACUCUUGUCUCUCUUCUCAUGGUCUCAUUGUUCUCAUGGUGUCCCCCCUGUCUCUCCCCCUGUCUCUCCCCCGUCUCCCCUCAGCUGUUCGAGGUGAAUCAGACUCUGUCCACAUCUGGAGCGUAUGACUGGGAGUUCUUCACCGUCGGACCGUACCACUUCCUGGUGGUGGCCAACACCUUUGACGGUCAGACGACCAUCAUCAGCUCCACCAUCUACGUCUGGUUGGACGGAUGUUUCCAGGUCUUCCAGAGCGUCCCGGUCAGUCUUUGGUCCUUAUUUUACUGCAGCAGAUUUAGGUAUAGAGCUCCUGAACGAACUUCAUCCUGCUCCUCAGAGAAUGAACCCUGAAGAUCAAAAUGAAGGUUUUUCCUGAACUCUAGCUCCACCCUGUGGACAAAGUGCAAACUCUAAAAUGUCUCAGACAUGUCCAUGUAGAUUCUCAUUCAUCCAGGUCACGGUGUUCUUGAAGACUCAAACAGGCGACUAGACCGUUUCGAGUUAAAACCAUCUCAGACUUCUAACAGUCCUUGAAACCUGUAUCUGGAAUAGACGCCGUCUGCCUCCUCUCUGAGAACAGCGCCCUCUGGUGACGGGCUGCAGUAUAGGUCAUAAACCCCGCCGGUGGUGAGUCCUGACAGCAGGAUGCAGAGAGCAGACAGACAUGAUGAUGAAGAGGAGGAGGAUGAAGAAGAUCUCAGUAAUCACAGUGACUCAGAUAAACCGCUGACUCAGCGGCUCGACAGGUGAGGUUCAGGACGACAGGUGUGGCUGCAGGUUCGAGGGUCUCUGUUCGAGGUCCUUCAGUUUUUCUGUGUUUGUACCCGGACUCGUCUGGGCCCUGUAGGACCUGAUGGACCAACUCUUUGACUCGUCUCGGACCUUGACCACACCUGGACUCGUCUCUUUAGUCGGUAAUCCAGGAUUUUCUGUCUUCACUGAGACUCGUCCUCAUCUCGAAACCCGCUCGAGUUUUCCGUCUGAACUGAAGACUUUGGCUCAGACCUAAACAGGACUUAUUUUUCCUCCUCUUUGAGUCUUCUCGCUCAGAAGAAGAUUCUUCUCUGCGUCUGUUUGAAGGUGGAAACCUCUGAAGGUGACCUGCAGCCUGUGAGCGUGGCGUUUCCUGUAAUUAAGCGGCGAGCAGGACGUCCUGCCGUUAACGGUUAAACCGUCAUCGACGUUUUUAGUUUGAUGAAAAUAAAACGGAUGAAAAAGUUUCUAUUUCUUCAUGAUGAUUAAAAGGAAAACGAAGAAACCCUCCAAUUAAAACUCAGGAAACCAGAGCGGUGUCAUUAAUGAGGAGUGUGCAGCUGUGAGUGUGUGUGUGUGUGUGUGUUUAAGUGUGUGUGUGUGUGUGUGUGUGUGUGUGUGUGUGAGUGUGUUUAAGUGUGUGUGUGUGUGUGUGUGUGUGUGUGUGUGUGUGUGUGUGUGUGUGAGGGGGUUUCCGCCGUCAGCUCCUCUUUAAACUCGUCCUUCAGGGCGGAUCGUCUUUGAAGACUUUUAUUGGAUUUUAAAACCACAAAAAAAAAAAAGAAAAAAGUGAAAAAACUUCAUGAAAAGUUUCUGAGCCUUUAAUUCGACUUCUGACAGAAACAGUCUGAGGACAUUAAACCGCAGCUCCGUCUUUACACCACCUUUAAUAGACCUACAAAUACACCUGAGUCUGUCCACAGGUGGAGGACACACUGAGGACCCUGACGGGGCCCUCUAGAGGCCGCAGGAGUCGUUACACCCAGACUAAAACCAACCUGAAGGUUCUCUGCUGCUCAGAAAACCUACAAGGAUUUAAACUCAGAGACUGUAGAGGGACAUACACCUCGGUGUCCAGCAGGGGGCGACUCCACUGACUUUAAAACAGUGUGAUGGUGUUGAGGUCCUUCAGGCGACCUUCUCCUGAGGAGUUUACAGGAUGUUCAUGGAGAAGGUUCUGGUCCGUUCAGAGUCCCAGAGUCCUCCUGUUGGAUCUGACACUGAAGGUUCAGCCUGUGGGGAGCAGGACGAAGGUUUCAGAGCCUCUGACUUCGACAAGUUUGUCAUAAUUCAGUUUGAUAGUUUAGAUUUGGAUGUGAACAAAACACCGACUCAUGAUCCUUCAUGUUUUCUUUAAUUUUCUAAAGUUAAAGAUAAAGUGGGUGGAGUCUCUUGGUUAACCCCCGCCCUCUCUCUGAUGUUUGGCGUCCUCUCUGCAGACCAUCGGCGCCACGGACUGGGAGACGUUUCAGAUCGACAGCAGGUUCUUCCUGGUGGUGGCGAACAGUCAGCUGAUUUCAGGCCGCGGUCCGAGUCUCUACAGCAUCAACUCCACCGUGUACGAGCUCAACACGCUGACGCAGACCUUCAUCCGCUUCCAGGACAUCCUCACGCACAGGUGACCACCUGAACCCUCAACUUAACCACACAGAUCACUGAACUUUGACCUCUAACCUGUCCUUGUCAUGGUCAGCGCCGUGGACUGGGAGUUUUUCACCGUUGGAGAUGAGAAGUUCCUGGUGGUCGCAAACUCUCAUGAUGGCAGCUCGUACUCUCUGAACAGCGUGGUCUACAGGUGAGUGGGUGGGGUCAAAGUAAUUGUGGGUUUUCAGGUGACGGUAGGGAUGAGAAUCAAGAACCAGUUUUCGGGUUGAUAACCGGUUCUAAAUGGUUCAAUCCAUCGACAUCGUUUACAUUUUAAAUUAACGAUUCAUCUCUUUAUCAACGGGGCACAGCGUCAGAUCUAAGGAGUCACAUGUACUCGAUGUUCUCCACCGGUCGUCAGCCGCUGCAGCUCCGCCUCAGCACGACACAGAAGGUACAAGUGUUAGUGUGACCAUACGUCCUCUUUUACUCGGACAUGUCCUCUUUUGAGGGGCUGUCCGGGGGGAGUUUAUAAAACCCUAAAUGUCCUGAACGUGUUUUCAUUCAUUAUAAAACAGAGCAGAGGAUCAGUCCUCUCUGCAGCUCUGCCCCUCAGCUCACCUCUAAACAAAGUCACUGACACGAUGCCAAUGUUCUGUCUUUGGGAAUUCAGAAUAGUAUGUUUAACUGAGUUAGAAGAACAUAAAAACUGGACCCGAUAAAAAAAAAAAAAAACUAAAAAUUUCGUACAAAAGUUCGCCCCGCGUAGUCGUGUCCUGUUUUUGGGGAUUCAGAAUAUGGUCACUCUAACAUAUGACCUUUGUUAACAUGAGCAUAACAUAAAUUUUUGAGUGAAGGUGAAAACCUAAAGUCGACUUUUUAAAAAAAUCAAAGGAAGACAUUGAUAAGGGAAUCGUUAAAGAAUUGACUCGAUCAGCAGAAUUGAUAACAGCAUCAAUAUCAAUAAAUCUUAUCAAUUCCCAUCCGUAGGUGGCAGGGUUAUGAGGGCUUCGUCCCGGUCCACAGUCUGCCCACGUUCGGCUGCAGAGACUGGGAACACUUCAGCACCGAGGAGGGGUCCUUCCUCGUCUACUCCAGCGCCACCUCCAGGCUCAGCAAAGUCUUCAGACUCAGGACCUACUGA